AUGCACUUUCUUUCUCUUAGCCAUUACCAAACCCAUGGAUUUAUACGAAUAUCACCUCGUCCCGAGAUCGACCCGCUAGACCCCUCCGCCUCAGGAAAUCAAGGGAGCCCGGCAGCAUCCCUUCCAACACAAGUGCAAGGCAUCUCCUCUUCACCUACGCCUUCCACGCAGCUACAGCAUCCGGCGGAUCCAAAGAAUCUGGCCUCAUCCCAAGACGAAGCCCAUACAAUAAAGAUGAUUACACUUGAGCCACAAGCAUACCUAUCAUUUUUCUCCAUGACUACAAAAUUCUGCCAACCACUCUGGAACCACCGACAUACUGUAGUUGUCACCUCGGGAGAAGCCUACGAAGUAGCUGAUUUCCGAGUCCGGAUAGGUGAAGUGCGUCAGACAACGCCUCGGCCUCGUCUCCGUGGAGCAAUCGUGGAAAUCGAAUACCGUGGUCCGGGAGAAAGGCAACCAGGACAAUCAGAUCUAGCUCAAGAUCCCGACGAGAACGGGGUCAUGAUGCCGCCCCUCCCACACCAAGUGAAUCGGGAGGUGGACCUCCCUACGGAUGAAGAUUGGGAGUUGGGAGUGAUGCUGAUUCGGGAGUUGUGGGAGAACUUCUCUAUUCCCGGUGCUACGGAGUCAAUCCAGGUCCCUGGGGUAGGGAUGGAGAGGCGGAGGUAUUUUGAGAAGGGAGGCGCUACGGCACACUCCGCACGGGAGAAGGCUAGUAUUGUUGGAGUUGACCUUGCGAGGCAGUAUAUGGAGGUUUUCAAAUUUUAUCGGUAG